CUGGUUGUCCAACUUGAAGAUAAUGAUGGUGAUUUCAUACUUAUUGAAGCCGCUGAUUAUUUGCCCGCUUGGGCCAAUCCAGAUACAACUGAAAAUAGAGUAUUUCUUCACAAUAAACAGAUCCAUAUUAUACCUCCUGAUCUAGCCGCAACUAAUUCAAGCCUCGAUAUAGCUGAUGCUAUCAAUUUAGUUGCCCAAAACCCAAACAUCACUAAGGCUUCUGAAGAAAUACAGAAUGCUAUGAUAAGAAAAGUGGAAGGUUACCCUCAAAAGAUUCAUAAUAAUUGUCAUAAUGCUAUUUUAAAAUUACCUUUAGAUAUAGCUGCUGUAAUAAGUUUGGAACCAACUUUAAUAUCACCUAUAGUCCAUACAUAUUGUAACUUAGAUGCCCUAGAAGCGAGGCAGUGUAAAGACAUUAAAUUUGACAACUGUGUAAAUGUUAAAGUGAAAUUCACUAAAUAUUUAUAUGCUAUGCUCUUGCAUUCUCCAUUACUUAGUACAAUUAAAUACAAAGUAUUGGAAAGUGACAAAAAAGGUCAAAUGGGUUUAAAAAUAGCGUCCGGUUAUAAUAUCAUAUUGAAACAGUCUUCGAAAGAACCUUUUUCUACUAUGGAAUAUCAAAGAUUUUUAGAAAGCCUUACUAAAAAUGGAUUCUUUAAAGACAGCUUAGAAGGUUCAGUACAAUAUAAACAAUUACUAGAAAAAGCUAACAGCUAUUUCUUGAAUAUGGAAAGUCCUAUAACUUCUAAUGCAUGCCAUACUAUUGAAAACAUAAAAUCUAGAAGUGACUUUGAAAGUAUGAAGACGUUCCUUAGAAAUGAAAGCGACUCAGGUGUUUUAAAAGAUGAUGAUGCUUCAUGGCUUACUAUUCACCCUGAUGAAUUGAAUAAUCUGUUAAACUACCAAUAUGGAAAGAAAAGUCAUGUAAAAAAUGAUAACGUUACUCCACAUCUUAUAACAUCGGAGUUAUCGAGCUUCCUUAAAAAGACAUCGGAUUAUGAAGGGAUAGAACAAAUAAAUGAUGAUGAAGACAGUGAUGAUGAUGAAAUAGACUUUGAUAGCAAAGAAUUUGUUACAUGCCUUGAAAAAAUGCUCAACAUUGUCUCAAACAACGAUGAAGGAAAUUGUGAUGAACAAGAUAUGAGUGAUGAUGAAUAUUCAGAUAUGGAACAUUUGAAUCAAGAUUUAGAACUGGCUGCAAAAUUAAAAACGUCAGAUGGAGAAAAUCUAAAAGAUGAUAAAAGUGUUGCAAAAAAUUUGGUACAAAGUAUUAAAGAGGAAGGCUUGUGUGGACCUUCAAGUGUAGUUUUAAGGACUAUUGGAAUCAAAAAAAGUGAUGUUCUAGACUCUGAUGAUGAUGAUGAAUAA